AAAUACUACGAUUUGCUGCGCGUGUAAUGCGUCGACGCAACAAUAUCUGUUGUUGACUUGAUUCCCAUCCGACUUUGGAAAAAACAUAUCAACCAGUAGGCCCGUAGACUCUACGCGAUACGCACAAUAUUACGCAUAAUAGAUAGUGAUUUAUAUACAUAUUUGGUAAUGAUAAAUUGAAUUAUGUUCAACUAUGUGAAAAUUGCAUACAAAUAAAAUGUGAAUAAUUGCAUACAAAUUAUGUAGUUACAGUGCUUCUAGUGUUGUGAUUGGAUUUUAUGCUAACACCUGUUCUGUUUCAGAUGCGCUUCAAAAAGCUCCAAUUCGAAGUAUUGCCCCAGAGAACACAGUAUUGGCGAAAGAAGUGCGUAGCUACCCAGUCUAUGGCAUGGGAGGCCAAGGAACCCCCGUAGAUUCUGAAUACAACCAACACCUGCGGGCUGCCUUGACCCACCAGCAGUACCCUCUUCCAAGGGACCCCUAUCAGUUAAGCUCGGAACUUAGUCAUACACCCCCCUCAGAAAACGCUUCUGAUGGCGGCGCCGCUGAUGGGUCUUCUAGGGGAUCCACAUUAACUGUUAAUGGAGAAAGAGAAUUUUCCGAAAAAGUGAAAGCUCUAUUAGAAGAAAGCCAACAAAUUGUGGAGCAACUAAAAUAUCCUUUCGAAAUGUUGCCAUUUGUUUACGCGAUAUUGGGAUUGUCUGGUGGAAUAUCAGAAGCCAUUAAGAAUAUUCACAACGGCCAAUUAGUCGUCAGUGAAUAUUCUCGUAUGAACAAUUUGAACAUGUACGACGGCGGUGAACUGAGAAAUUCAACGCGACAAUAUGGAUGA